CAACCUUUAGUCAUAGUCUCGUAAAAAAAUUGAACGAGAUUUGAUAUCAGCUGUCAACACUGAAAAUAGAAUCUUUUUUAAGCCUUACCAGGUCAAUUUAAUGCGUCAAGUCGUAGUUUGGAAAUGUCUGAAUCAUACGACUUCUUAUUUAAAUUCUUGGUGAUAGGGAGUGCUGGUACAGGAAAAUCUUGUAUUUUACAUCAGUUUAUAGAAAAUAAAUUUAAGCAAGAUUCUAAUCACACUAUUGGAGUAGAGUUUGGUAGUAAAGUGGUAAAUGUUGGCGGUAAAUCAGUGAAGUUACAGAUCUGGGACACUGCUGGUCAGGAAAGAUUCAGAUCUGUAACAAGAAGUUAUUACAGAGGUGCAGCAGGUGCCCUUCUUGUGUAUGAUAUCACAAGUCGAGAGACUUACAAUGCCUUAACUAACUGGUUGACAGAUGCUAGGACGCUGGCCAGUCCUAACAUUGUCAUCAUCCUUGUAGGAAAUAAAAAAGAUCUGGAAGCUGAGAGAGAAGUUACAUUUCUUGAGGCCAGUAGAUUUGCACAAGAAAAUGAACUGAUGUUUUUAGAGACCAGUGCAUUGACAGGAGAAAAUAUUGAAGAAACAUUUCUGAAGUGUGCAAGAAAUAUUUUGACCAAGAUUGAAUCAGGUGAAUUAGACCCUGAGAGAAUGGGAUCAGGUAUACAGUAUGGUGAUAGUUCAUUACGUCGUCUACAGCAAAGAGAACAACAGCGACAGAAGAAAGGAAUCUGUGACUGUUAGCAUUUGUAGUCUUUCAUUAUUUUAUGUUGUUUGUAUAUGCUAACCUAUAUAACUGUUCUUUUUACUUUGGAUGAGUUAUCUCCCUUUGUAGUCGUCUAUUUAGACAUAGCUAUCGGAUGAGUUAUCUCCCAUUGUAGUUGUCUUUUUUAGACAUAGCUAACUUAUUCUUGCUUCAAAGUAUUAUAUAGAACACUGAAAAGUUAGAUGUUCUCAUAUAUCUGCUUUUGAAAUUGGUUGUGAUGUGCUAAUACAAGUACAUAGGUACCGGUAUAUUGAUAUUUAUGUGAUGCAUCUAAAGAUCUGUCAGUUUUGAAAUUUAAUGGUUUUCUAGUUUAUUAGCUCUGCUAGGAUAUGAAUUAACGAUGUGAAUUGUAAGUGUCUAUGUUUGAUCCAACUUUGUCCAAAUCCAUGGCAUUAUUCCCUUAUUACUGUGAAUUCAGAAAUCUGUAGAUUGUACUUGAACAGAGUGAGAAAAAUGUCAGAUUAACUGAACAUAGUGAGACCUUAUUUCUAAAUUCCAAAUUCUCUAAACCAUUUCCUGAAUAUAUGUACUUCCUUUAGUAUUGUGCAAUUUAAAAUCGACACAUCAAAUGUGGUUUAUUUAUCUUUCAAUAAUUGUUUCUAAAUUUCUAAAUAAUUCUUAUCUCUUCCAAAAGUGAUAUACAUUCAUGACAUUAUGUUAUUUUUGUGCAUAUAUGACCAUCUUAGGAAAUCUAGCAACAAUACAAUUGUCAUUGUUGGACAAAUAAGGCUUCCUAUCUUCCUAUAUCGUAUAAUUAACAAUUCAGCAAUGCUAUACAUAUUUGUUUUUGUCACAGUCCAUUUUGUCUUUUGUUAUAAAAUUAUAUUGAUAUCAAGUGUAAUUUGUUUGUACAUUUUCAUUAAGAAAUUACUAUGAUGAAAUGUCCACAUACAUGUAUUUGAAAUUUAGAGUUAAAUGAUUUUUUAUUUAUAAAAGAAUUCAAGUAUCCAUGUAUUUUUUUCUCAAAUUAUAGCUUUAUUAAAUAGUGCUAUUAAUUUAUAUCCAUUCUAUUGGAAUUUUAUAGGGAAAAAAAUAAUGUUAAGUACAUUUGCUGUAUGCUCUUAACAUUUUACUUUGAUAAUGCAUUUUGCAAAUUAAAGCAUUUUGCUUAACUUAAUUAUUCUUAUGUAUUUUACCUGUUGUACAAAGGAUUACACAAGAAAAUUUUGAAAAUAAGAGUAUAAAUUCAAAAAAUGAACUGUUUCCCACAUGUAAAAUAAUAGUGAGUGAUUUGUUGUAGAUGUUUUGUUAUAAGAGUGCUUGUUAAUAUAUAUUUUUUGUGUCAUAUCACAUUUUUUUGUAGAGUAUUUGUAUACUUUUAUUAAAUGUUAUGAGGUUUGUGCAAGGAAUAGGAGACAUUUUGUUUGUAUUUUGUCUUGAAGUGAUUUUCUUCAUAUAGCAAUGAUUUUCUAUAGCUCAGAAUUAGUCUGGGGAUGGAGGUAAUUUAUUAAUUUCAUUUUAUUAUCCAGAAUUAAUUCAAAAUAGGAUUCAUUUUGAAAUGUGCAUUGAAAUAUUUAUCUUAAUAAUAAAAAAAAAAUCAGACAAACACCUUUUUUGGCUUGACCAUAUGGUAGGCUUGUUACUGCGGAUUGAAUAUUAAUUCUGGGACACCAGUUUUCAAGAAUUUCUUUGUUAUAGGUGAACCAUGAAUUCAAAUGUUCAACACAUACAAAUUUACUACAGUAAUUUAAAUAAUGAUUUUUAAAAACCCACAAAAUCAAAUAUCCUGAAAAUUACUACAUUAUAUUUUUCUUCAAUCCAUGAAAUUUGGAAUCAAGGAAAAUGAAUGAAUCCAUAGCAUUUGUAGAGUUUUUGUCAAGUUAUAUGUAAAAUUUUGUAUUUAUAAUUAUAGUACACUAAGUUCAUUGAAUUAUAAAUCACUCUUUGUUUUGUAUUAUUACAUAUUUUACACCAUUGAUGUUGAAUGCGUCUUUCUGAACGUCUGCUUUUUUCAACAAAUAAGAUUUGUAAAACAGGGUCAUAAAUCAUAUAUAGUGCUAUUUCUAAAUUUCCACAAGAAGUAGUCACUUGGUUUUCCUUUGAUCCAGUAACUCCAAAAAACCAACAAGAGUGAUUUUAAAUUCAAUCUAAUGUGUAUUUGUAUGAAAUUGCUUUUUGAUGAUGAGAUGUAUAUAUUAUUUUAUAAGUUUAUUGAUCAUUUAUAUCAUUUAAUUAAAUAGGAACAUGACAUUACUUGAUCAUGUAUAAUCUCAUACCUCAUAUUUACAAUGAAACAAAAUUUCAACAUUUUAAAAACUAAAAGCUAAUUAAAUAUUCAUUGAAGAUGAAAUUUUCAAUAUGUUAUGCAGUAAUUUAUGACUAACUUUUUUAGCAGUAUUUGCAAUUCAUUUAUUUAAUGAAGUGGAAAUUCUAAAAUAUGCUGUCAAAGGCUAUAACAUGUCAAUGUAAAUUUGUAUGAAGUCAAACACAAUUUGUAUGUGAAUUCUGAAAAAUAUUCUUUCAACUUUUGGAGGAACUGAAGUAACAGUUGAAAUUUUAUUUUUCAUGAAAAUUCCAUUCUCACGCUGGUUUUACAGGAACAAUAUACUUUCAUAGUACAUGCACAUUGUAUUAUGCUUUUAUAUCUAAAGUAUACUCUCAUUCAUAGUUCCAGUUUGCCUUAAUUGUUGAAAAAUCAUUAGUUUUUGAACUUUAUAUAACUGCUAAUUACUAUAUCCACUUGCUUUUACUAUCUCAAGCAUAAUGCUGUCUCAGCUGUUGAUUUAUACUUUUUCAAGUCAACAUUUUAGUAUUCUAAAAUUUGGGCAAAUAUAAAUUUUUGUAAAAUUGAUGUUGUCAGAAAUUUCAAAAAUAAGAUUACUUGUGUAUAAAAAUUUUGAAAAUAACAAAUUUAAAAGAUGAAACCAUGAAAUUUAAGAAAAACUUUUUUUUGACAAAAAAUACAAUUUACUAGAAAUAAGGUUCAGGUACAUUGUUAUGUGUCAGUAUCUAUAAUAUGCAAAGAACAGUGAAACCAUGAGUAAACUGGACAACUGCCUAAACUGAAAUCGACUUUAGAUAGGUUUCACUGUUACUUGUUAAUAACCUACACUGUUUUUAUGUUGUGCAAAAUAUAUCAUGCAUUUAUCAGAAUAAUUUGUUGUAUUAUAACUAGCAUAAUAACACCACAGAUAAAUUUUGUAGAGCUGUGGAGGUUGCAUGUUUGUGUGAAUUAUCAGUGUCAAGCACUUUGUGAUUAUAAUUAGGUCACCAUUUUCUGUAUAAAAACUUUGUCUUUAUACUGAUAUUUGUUCUACAUGUAUGUGGUAGUAUCGUUUCUUGACAUUCCUUAUAACUUUCAACAAACAGGGCUUGAAGUCAUAAAACUUUUCUCAGUGCUCGGAGCACAAAAAACCCAGCAUUAUGAUUGGUUAAAUUUGGAGUACGAGUACUAAAAACUAACUUGAAAGUUUUAUGACUGAGAGGCCAGAACACAAAUGAUUUGUAGUUUUGAUAAGUUUAAAUGAGUAAGCAUUUAUAUCAGGAAUUAACUUUAUCCUUAUUUCUGCUAAAUAUAUUUCUAUUACACAGUUAUUUUGAUUUUUUUUCAAAUGUCAAAUUAUAAAUCAAGGAUUUUUUUAUCAUUUAAAAAGUUGUUAAUUUUUUUUAACUAUUUAAGUCUAAAUGAUGUUUUCCUUUUAAUAAAACCUUUGAGAUGAUACAGUCUUAUUUAAGGCCAUAUUACAGAAUGCAAAUUUUUCAUGAAAAUAGUUACAAGAAUAGAUCUAUUCAAGUUUGUUUAACAAUUACUGAAAAAAUCAAGUUUGGAUGUAAGCACUACUGUUACAUAUAUUGAUAUUCAUCUAAUUGCAAAAAGUUAAGAGAUUUUUAAAAGUUUAUUAUGCAAGAUCCUUUCAUGAAAAUAUUGGGUCCAAUACCUUUAACAUACAGAUCAUUUAAUUAUGGCAAAUUUGGAUAACAAGUAACAAGGUAUUGCAUCAAAACACAGACAUGUUUCCAUGACAAUAUUAAAUCCAAUGGAUGAAUCUGAUAUUUUUGAGACAUUUGUUUCCACAACAAAUAAAAAUAAUCAUUAUCAUA